AUGAAUAUAAAGCUGCCAGCUGUUGUUUCUACAACUGCUAAACGCUCAGAUAAAUCAAAUAAUUUUUCAAAUAAGAAUUGCCAAUUUAUGGCUAGAAUGAGAAUGAUUUCUGUGGUGCUCAGUAUUGGAGCUGGUUCUAUGUUUCUUGUAUCCCUCGAUAGUGUUGUUGACAAUCUGAUUCCAGUUGCACGCAAUUAUCUUAUCAAUCUAUACGGCUCAGAAGCUGAGGCCGAUCUCGCAUGGAGUUGGAUAGUCUCGGCUCGAAUUUAUGGCCUUGCGUUCGGGUGCUUUGGAGUUUUUCUUAUUUCUAAUCUCCAAAACAGGAAACGGCCCCUUCUCUUCGCCUUUUUGCUCAAUUUGUUGGGUGGUGCUCUCUCAUCACUUAUCCGGCAGCCACAAAUCGGUAUCCAGUUGGCAUUUAUUGGCCGAUUUUUAAGUGGAAUUGGGUCUGGAAUAGCACACAUUGUUGGUGCCGCAAUGCUCGCAGAAAUACCUCCUAUUCGGCAAAGGGGAAUUGCACUUGCCUCUUUGACUGUUUGGGCUUGUCUUGGUGAAUUAUUUGGCAUGUGUAUAAGCCUGAAUAAUGUCCUUGGCACACCUGAUAAAUGGCACAUUGCCCUUGGCUUUCCUGUUUUAAUUAUACCAUUUGCAAUGUUUUUCCUUGCAACAGCGCCAGAUUCGCCAAGAGCAUUACUUACUUCAGGCAAGGAGGACAAAGCUUUAAAGUCUCUUCAAUUCUAUCAGGUUCUUCCAAAAUUCAUUGUUGUUAAUUUUUAA